CCCAACCGUCCCCGGAGUGAGGUGUACAGAGAAACAAGAAGAGUUGCUCUUGAGAUUUUUGUUCAUGCAUAAACUAUUUUUUUUAUUUGGACAUUGGUGUGUGGGGAAGAAAAUCAGGAUUCAGCUGCUCCAGAAGGCUCUUGGUGCGGUGGUCACCCUCAGCUGAAAAAAAAAGGCCUUUAUCAGGGUGGAAGCAGCCUGCAGCAGCGGCGGCGGCGAACGGGACCUGUCACAUUACUCUCAGCACCACAGUGCGACCAGGGCACCUGCAUACUGCCUGAGAGGGAGAGCAGCAGAGUGUGAGUGAGAGUAGACCAAACACAAGAAAACAAGGACGCCUCUUCAGAAGCAGAGUCCAACGUGGGACGCGGGAGAUACUUUUUCCCUUGAGGCAGGGCCAUCUCCAACUUGUGCCGUCAGAGGCUGACGUCUACAGGAUUCCAGCUCCUCUGGGUGAAGAUCUGCUUGAAAGUAAAAUGGAUAAAGAUGCUCUGGUGGACUAUGAGUAUCCAGAUCUGGAUCCUUUACCAACUAAAAUUCAGAAAGAAACAAUCCCACCAUGCCACCCCACUGCUGACGACAUGCUGUAUCACAUAUGCAUCACUGCCAUCUCUCUAGUCGUCAUGCUGAUCCUGGCGAUUUUAGCCAGGCGCUCGAAGGCGGCAGGCAGACAGAAAGGACUCCCAGGUUUGUUAAGUCCUGUCAACUUUUUGGACCACACUCAGCACAAGGGGCUGGCGGUGGCGGUGUUUGGAGUGCUCCUGUGCAAACUGUGGGGGUUGCUCAUCUCCCACAAUCCCCUCCCAUUUACAAAUGACACAAAGAACAAACAGAACUGGGUGAUAUUAGGAGUCUUCUACUACCCCGCACUGUACUACCCUCUCCUGGCGUGCGGCACUUUGCAUAAUAAAGUUGGUUACGUGCUUGGAAGCCUCUUAUCGUGGACGCACUUUGGGGUUCUGGUGUGGCAGAAAAUUGACUGUCCCGUAACUCCUCUGAUACACAAACACUACUCCCUGUUCUCCAGCCUUCCUCAGAUAGCUUGUUUAGCAUUCCUAAGUUUCCAGUAUCCCCUUCUUCUAUUCAAGGGGUUCAAGGGCACGGAAAAGAGCAACGCCACAGAGGAUCUCAGCAGCAGCUACUACAGAGAUUAUGUCAAGAAAAUUUUUAAUGAGAAGAAAUCCAACAAAAACAGCUCAUCAAGCUCCGAAAAGCCAAAACUUCCUCAGAGAAUAAUUGAUGCAGUGAAGUCCUACAUUUAUACUCCACAGGAUGCUUUCCGUUUUCCACUGAAGUUGGCUAUUUCUGGUGUCAUAUCUUUUAUUACCCUUUAUCAGGUGGGUCUCCUGUUGAUUUCGGCUGUAAUUCCAACUCUUCAAACCGCCCGCUAUGGAGUUGAUGAAGACAUUGCAAACGUUUUAGCUGGAUUUCAAAUCGUUUUGUCUCCAGACCGGCAUGAAGUCGUCAGAAUAGUGGUCUACUAUAUGUGGUGUGUGGAAGUGUGUUACAUCUCAGCCAUGACUCUGUCUGUUCUGGUAAACCUGGCCAUGCUCAUGAGGUCUAUGGUUCUGCAUCGGUCAAACCUGAGGGGCCUGUACAGAGGGGACAUAUUUAAUGUGUACAACUGCCAGCGGAGCAUCCGAGCUUCCAGACCCGCGCUGGUCUGCUGGAUGGGCUACAGCAGCUUCACAGCUGCUCACAUCUGCAUCGGCAUGGUGAUCCAGACCAUGGUGUUCUUCCUCUGUCUUCUGAUCACGGUCUUCCUCAUCAUCAUCCCCAUCUUACACAGACAGAAUCUGUUCCUCCUUCAGACCUUAUGGAGCAUGUGGCCCUUCUGGCUAAUGAUCCUCCUGUCUGUGUUGAUUCAACACAUCACUGCCAGGUUUUGUUUCAUCAAGAAAACAGCAGGCACGCUGGACUUAGACAACAGGGGUAAUCUGUUCCUACUGACAUACCUGCUGUUUCCUGUCAAUGUCCUGAUUGGAGUCCUGCUUGCUGUGUGGCGGAUGAUCAUCACAGCCCUGUUCAAUAUUGUCCACAUGGGCCGUACGGAUAUCAGCCUCCUGAACCGCAACGUGGAAGCAUUUGACCCAGCCUACCGCUGCUAUGCUCAUUAUCUGAAGAUUGAGGUGAGCCAGUCCCACCCUGUGAUGAAGGCCUUCUGUGGGGUGCUGCUCGAGUCUGUGGGCCAGGAGAGCAAAGCUGCGCAGAGCGCUCGGGACGCUGAAGAGGGGAUCCAGCUGGUCCAGCAGGAGAAGAAGCAACACAAAAUAUCGAGUGCCAAAAGAGCCCGCAGGCACUGGCAGCUCCUCUACACCCUGGUCAACAACCCCUCCCUGGUCGGCACCAGAAAGCACUUCCAGCGUCAGACUGGGGAGGGCUUCCUGAACGGAAGUCUUAACCGCAGCACCAAGGAGGAGAACAAAAAGGAGGCUGCAGCCAAGGAGACAGAGGCGGCUGCCGUCGACAACUGAGCAGGAAUCUGCCACCCUUUGGUCAAUUUGGCUCAACUAAAUGUACCUUUUUUUUAAAAAGGCCGUUUGCAAAAUGCAUUGUAGUUCGGUGCCUUGUGUUGAGAAAUUUGCCAAGUCUUACCUAUUUAUUCGAGUCUUUUCUUUGUUCUCUCCUGUUUGUGUGAAGAUGUCAGUCUUUGAGGGCAUUAAUUUCCACACAUAUGUGUGCUUAUGUUGGGAUGUUUUGCACUGGAUUAGGUGAAAAACACUUCAGUGCAGGUUCAUUAAAGCAGAAUUCACUAAAGUGGCCCUUUGAAUGGGAGUUAUUAUAUAAAAGUGACUCUAUAUUUAUAAAAGAAAUAAAUGCAAAAAUCAUGAUUUUACUAGAUUUUUUGACUAAUCUUUUCAUUUUAUCAAGUCUGCUGUAGACAUUUGGUGUCAGGAUUAACAGGAAAAUUUGCACCUUGUCUUCUUUGUUUCAAACCACUAUUUUUGUCCAAAUUAGCUUUUGUGUAAAGAUAUGAAAGGAGAUUUUGUUUCUUGUCUACUGUGAAAUUAAAACUAAAAUGAUUGAA